AUGCUGCUUUUUUACGUGACAAUUACUAUGCUUUCUGCAACAGCAUAUUCUAUGCCAAAAACAGCAAGUUCCUGUUAUGGACAGAAUUCAAGUUUGUACGAGUUCAACGAGAUACUCAGAGCCGGAUUCAACGAAGUUCUGGAGGAAAUGAGUUCAAAAACGAAACUGGAGUAUAAUUGCUAUUUGGCGAAAAUUGUGGAAUCUUUGAGUCCAAAACACGAUGAUGGUUUCCUUGUAUUCGAAUACUCAAUUUACGGAAAUCCCUUAGCAAAUUUCCUCGGAAUGAUAGGGGAUGACUUGUACGAGCACUUUAAACAGCCGCGGUGGAGGAAGCUGCUUGGUUUAGAAAACAAAAGGCAUUACCUUUUUGGAUGCAAUGGUUCGAUGGAAGAUCAGGUUUGGAAGAUCAAAUGUGCAUUUAGAAAGAAGAAUAAGCAUCGGUCUUCCAGUGGAUUAGAUAUACUUUGUUGCUUGUAA